UCCCCUCUCCAUCUAAAACUCCAAAACAACACGCUUAAGAAAAUACCAAACACAACCUCUUUCACUAUCUCUGUUAUAAUUCGCAGAUCUCUCUCGCGUAUCUUUUAAUCGAAUUUCCGAAAUUAAUUAAUUUUCACCGGGAAGAUCGAGGGUUUUUUAUAUUCGCGGAGGAUCAACCAUGUUUAGUCGGCUUUUUGGGAAACCUCAACAGGAAACCAAUGCUCUAACUACGCUUGACAAAUUAAAUGAGACUCUUGAAAUGCUUGAGAAAAAGGAGAAAGUACUCCUGAAAAAGGCUUCUGCAGAGGUUGAAAGAGCUAAGGAAUACUCCAAAGCAAAGAACAAAAGAGCUGCUAUACAAUGUUUGAAGAGGAAGAGGCUAUAUGAACAACAAAUUGAGCAGCUUGGGAAUUUUCAAUUGCGAAUUCAUGAUCAGAUGAUUAUGUUAGAGGGUGCUAAAGCCACAACUGAGACUGUAGAUGCAUUGAGGACAGGAGCAUCUGCAAUGAAGGCAAUGCAUAAAGCAACGAAUAUAGAUGAUGUGGACAAGACCAUGGAUGAGAUCAACGAGCAGACUGAGAACAUGAAACAGAUCCAGGAAGCAUUGUCAACUCCUAUUGGCGCAGCUGCCGAUUUUGAUGAGGAUGAGUUGGAAGCAGAGCUUGAAGAACUGGAAGGUGCAGAGUUGGAAGAACAACUUCUUCAGCCUGCAACCACAGCUCCAGCAGCUCCAGUGCAAGUUCCUGCAGGCAGGCAACAAGCUCGCCCUGUUCCACAGAAGCGGACGGCUGAGGAGGAUGAACUUGCUGCGUUACAAGCUGAGAUGGCACUUUAAGCAGGUGUUGUUGCUCAGAUAUGAAGAUAAUUUUUUAAAGACUGGCCAUAUUCUGUAUGGUGAUUUAUGCUCUACUCCGAUUAUGCAUCGGGAUUUCUUUGUGCACUCAGUGAAUAGACUGUAUAUAAGAUUUGCAUAAUCUAAAUGAAGUACCAUUCAUUAUAUGUAUUAUGCUGUACUAUGUUUUUUUAAACCUUUUAAUUGAGUCCUAUUGUCUUGCGAUCCCUCCC